CCUCCCAGCGAAAAAAAAAAAAAAAGAAAAACAGAAAAAGGGGGCCCCAUUUCCCCCCAAUUUUUCCAGCCAUUUGCGCUGAAUACCCUUGACUUUAUGGGCGUAAAAGGGGACGACCAAGUUCAGCUUUUCAGCGACCCACUAUCCAAUUUUUUCUUUUUUUCUUUUUUAAAAUCUCCCCAUCUAACAAUCCCUUUGUUGGUCUCUCUCCUUCCCCGAUUUUAGUGCAACACUGGGGCUGCUUCUUCGACGAGAAAAGGGCGUCGUUCCUGCUUCUGCUCAUGGAGUCCUACCAACCCUUUUCUCCCUCCUCCAAGCCCCAACCCGCCAUGGCCGAGUCUCCGAAGCUCACUCUCCACUCCCUCAACCAGAAAGGAGGCACCUUUACCGACGAAUUCAGUCACCAUCCUUCUCCGAUGGUCGAAACCCCCGCCGACGGAUUCGCAGGCCAUCUCGAUGUCUUCGUCCACCAAGCCCGCGACAUCCACAACAUCUGCAUCUACCACAAGCAGGACGUGUAUGCUAAGAUCUGCCUCACCUCCGACCCCGCCGACGCCGCCCUCUCCACCCGAAUCAUCAACGGCGGCGGGCGCAACCCGAUCUUCAAUGAGAACCUCAGGCUCGGCGUCCGGACCCUCGACUCGUCCCUCAAGUGCGAGGUUUGGAUGCUGAGCAGGGUCAAGAAUUAUCUCCAAGACCAGCUCCUCGGUUUCGCCCUAGUGCCCCUUUCGGAUAUCGCGGUGGCCGACGGCAAGUUGGUUAAGGAAUUCCCGCUCUCGUCGACCGAUCUCUACCACUCUCCCGCAGGUUUUGUUCAGCUGUCGCUCUCGUAUGCCGGUUCUUUGCCGGAGGUCAUGCCCAUCCCGGCGCCCUCCGAAAAUUCGCGUGAUUCGGAGAAUAAUGAUCUGAUCCCCUGCGAGUACGAGAAGAUCCAAUUCCCCGACUUGAAUGUCGCAAACGAGAAUCAAGCUAUGAUCUCGGAGUAUUUCGGGAUACCGUGCUCUGAUAUAGAAACCCCGAACUCAGAGAGCUUGGUCACGACCGAGGAUGGCACUUACCCUGAUGAUGAUGCAGGGGUGCGAGUCGUCGAGAGCUUCUCGACGGAGAACAGCACUGAUUCCGUCGGGGCCUUUAGAAAUGACACUCCUUUGAGCAGUGUUUCCACCAUAGAAUCUACCCCCGUGCAUCCGACCACCCCCCAGUCUGCUUCUGAGCCAUCUGCUGGCACUUCUUCUCCAAGCCACAAGGAUAAAAGCACAGAAACUACGGAUGGCGAGGCUGAUUCUUCUAAUGGAGUGACUGAGAGUGAGGUUAUCAAGCCUCUAAUAUCCAUAAAUGUGCCGGAGGAGACAGUUGUUCAGCAGGAGAUUGUUGAUAUGUACAUGAAGAGCAUGCAGCAGUUUACUGAAUCGCUAGCAAAAAUGAAACUUCCGAUGGAUAUUGAGAAUGAGAGCUCCACUAGUGACGAUGCUAACUCGAGUUCUGAGAAGACGCUUCCGACACCAAAGGACAAGAAGUUCUCAAGAGUUUUCUACGGCAGCAGGGCUUUCUUCUGAACUUAGUCCUGCAAAGGAUUAACAGGUGACUUAGAGUUGGCAUUUGUUAUCAUCUGUUAAUGCUUAGUAGUCGAGAGAAGCAACUUCUUAUAUGCUGUUUAGGUUUGUCGUUUCGUGUAUGACAUGUACUCAUCAUGAACUUGCUUAUGUUACUACUUUUCCGUGUAUGUGAAACUCUCACUUUGUGGAGUUAUCUAAGCUUCACUGAUUAAUCUUAUAUUUAUAGACUUUGUUUCAAUCUCAA